AUGGUGACCGCGGCGCGGGGUGGGGUGAAUUUUCCCGCGUCCACGCGAGCGACGUCGAGGCCGGACGGGCGGUCGGUGCGCGUCGAGCGGCGACGAUGGGUCGAUCGCGCGCGGCGUCACGGACGACGGCGAACGGAUGAUCGGAUUCAGUCGCGGGCGAUCGGUGACGCCGCGGUGCGCGAGCGCGGGUCGGUGGACGGUAGCGAUGGACGAUUGACGCCGACGUACGCGGGAUCGACGGCGCGGGGGGGGCGUCGUCGGAUCGAGAGUGAACUCGGGACGAGCACGACGGAACAGGCGGGACGGAACGUGACCAACAUCUUACUCGAGGCUGGGUGGAGCGGGUUGAUCGUGCUCGGGACGUUGGGUCUGGUGACGAAUUACACGGGGAAGAUUCUGAUCGCGUGUCAGCGGCGGGGGACGCUGCCGGCGAGCGAGCGCUCGACGGAAGGGGCCGGUGGGUCGACGCUGUGGAGCGCGACCGGGGUCGUUGGGGACGACGUGUGUCCCGAUGAGUUUUAUGAGCGCCCAGCGGAACGCGCGUUGACGUCGUACGAAGACAUCGGCGAGGCGGCGUUCGGGAAACUCGGGAGGAACUUCAUCACGAGCGUCCUGUACACAGAGUUGAUCGGCACCGCUGGAUUGUUCUUCAUCUUGGAGGGCGAUCAUCUCGCGACGUUGUUUCACGCGAAAGGAAAGGAAGAGCUCUUCGCGUGCGCCGCCGCGCUUUUCAUGGUUCCCACGACGUGGCUGUUCGAUCUGUCCAAGCUGAGCUAUGUCGGCGCUCUCGGAUUGUACGCGUCGACGGUGCUGACUGGCGUCGUCUCGUACGAGCUCAUACAUCAGUACACCACGACGGGGUCGCUUCCACACCUCGCGGAGACGACGUUCGUGAACUGGUCGACGUUUCCAGUGAGCUUUGGAUUGUUGGCAUUCGUGUACGCCGGGCACGCGGUGUUCCCGGCGAUUUACGCGUCGAUGGAAAAGCCCGAGGAGUACGAGAAAAUGCUCGACGAGUCGUACAUCGUCGUUGGGUUGAAUUGCCUCGCCCUCGGCUGCGCCGGGUACGCUUUAUUCGGGAACGAGGUCUCCGAUCAGGUCACGCUGAGCCUCGACACUGGGGCGCUCGCGACGCUCGCGUUCGGUUUGACCGCGAUCAACCCGUUCGCCAAAUUCGCCCUUACGCUGGACCCGGUGGCCAAGGGCGUGGACUCCAAGCUCGGAUUUCGCGUGCGCGACUCAAAGUCGGACGCUCUAGUUUCCCGGCUCUUGCGCACCGCUUUAGGCGUGCUGACACUCGGCGCGGCCAUCAAACUUCCAUUCUUCGGUGUUGGCAUGUCACUCGUCGGCGCCGCACUCACGCUCUCCGUCUCUGUCACGUUCCCUUCGAUGUGCUACCUCCGGAUGUUUGGCGACGAGCUCUCUCGGGGCGAACGUUGGCUCAACUACGCCAUCCUCGGUAUCGGUUUCACGUGCGCCGCCUCGGGUACAGCCGCGGCGUUCCAAUCCGCCUUGGAAAUCAGCGGUUAA